GAUAAAAUGACACAGUGUCUCGGUCCUGACCGGAGAGGAGAGUUAGCUAGCUACUUGCCCGGGCCAGAAAGAUCAAUCGAUCCGACAUGUCGUCGGAUGCAACAGCCGGAGGGAGCAUCGCAAUAGCUAUUGGUACAUUGACAGAAUACCGCUGUCAGUGAUCGCCGGCGGGAUCGUCGUGAUCGUGGUUUCGGUGCUCAUCUACAAGUGCUGCAAGCUGCGCUUGUUGCGCAAGUACGGCGCCCUUGCGCUGCCGCCGCCAGCACUGCCACUGGUAGGCACGACGAUGGCAGCAGUGCCAGCAACCAGAACGAACGGUGGCACAACGACGGCAGCAGUGCCAGCAACCAGAACAAACGGUGUCACGCCUAUGACGAUGGCCAACGGCAAACACAGCUGCAGCACCUGCGACGUCGUCAAGGACCGUCCCGUGAGGUUCAGCUCGCUGCAGCUGCAAGAAUUCACCGGCAAUUACGCCGAGACGCUUGGCGCCGGUGGCUUUGGGGUGGUGUACAGAGGGCAGAUCCCCCUCCCCAACUACGACAGCCUGGCAGUGGCCGUGAAGGUCCUCGGCAACGGCAUGGGAAAACGUGGCGAGGAGCAGUUCAUGGCGGAGAUCGGCACAAUCGGGAGGACGUCCCACGUCAACCUCGUCCGGCUCUACGGCUUCUGCUUCGACGCCGAUCUCAAGGCGCUCGUCUACGAGUGCAUGCCCAACGGCUCGCUCGAGCGCCACCUCUUCCUCGACAACGGCGGCAUCCGUGAGAAGGGGCGGCAGCUCGGGUUCGACAAGCUGUACGACAUCGCCGUCGGCACGGCGAAGGCGAUCCGGUACCUCCACGACGAGUGCGAGCGGCGGAUCAUCCACUACGACAUCAAGCCCAGCAACGUGCUUCUGGACGAGGCCUUCCUGCCAAAGGUGGCCGACUUCGGGCUGGCGAGGCUGUGCGAGAGGGAGAGGACGCACCUGACCAUGACAGGCGGCGGGCGGGGCACCCCGGGGUACGCGGCGCCGGAGCUAUGGAUGGCGGCACCGGCGACGCACAAGUGCGACGUGUACAGCUACGGAAUGCUGCUGUUCGAGAUCCUAGGGCGGCGGAGGAACUACGUUGACGCGCAGGAGAGCGGCGAGCGCUGGUAUCCGCGGUGGGUGUGGCAACGGCUGGAGCGCGGGGAGACCGAGGUGGUGGUGGCACGGGCACUGGCGGGAGUUAAGGACGUCAGCAAGGCUGGGAGGAGGAAGGCGGAGCGGAUGUGCGCUGUGGCGCUGUGGUGCGUGCAGUACAGGCCGGAGGAGCGGCCGUCGAUAAGCGGCGUCGUGCGCAUGCUGGAAGGCGACGAAGACGUCGCCGCGCCGGCCGUGAGCCCCUUCACACAUCUGGAUUCCGAGCCAUUGCGGCAAAUUGUCACGGACACCACCACCACAACCACGUUCGGCUCAGCCGCUUAGCUUCCAUCCACCUUGCAUUGCAUAUACUCUUGCAGAUCUUUAUGUACAUAUUUGCUUAUUUGUUUGGAAACGGUGGCUUGUUAUUGCUUGAUUUGUUAGUACCAGCUCCGCGCUAUUAAAACUCUUUGGUUAAUUAGGCCCUCUUCCUUUU